AUGGGGGCCCGCGGUGCCGGGCUCUACCUGGGGCGCAGGGCAGCCGCCCUGGGGGCAGCGCUGCUGCUGGCGCUCCUGGCCGCGCUGCUGGCGCUCGCCGCUCUCUACGGGCGUUGCCGGCAGGAGGCAGCGGCACCGCCGUCGCCCUCGCCCGCCACCCCCGGCACCGCCGCCCCGCCACCGGCUCCCACCGCAGGCCCCGUCCGCCGCCUGCCCCGCCACCUCCUGCCACUCCGCUACGAGCUGGAGCUCUGGCCGCUGGUGCGGCCGGGCCAAGCUGGACCGUUCUUCUUCAGGGGGCAGGUGAACAUCACGGUGCUGUGCCGGCAGGACACGGACGCGGCGGUGCUGCACAGCGCCGGGCUGCGGAGCCGCCGGGCCGCCGUGCGGGGACCCUUGCCCGGACCGGGCGCCGCCGUGGAGGUGGCGGGGCUGCGGCAGGAGGAGGAGGAGGAGAUGGUGGUGCUGGAGCUGCGCGGGCGGAUGCGGGCCGGGAGCCAAUACGUCCUGCAGCUAGACUUCCAGGGACUCCUGGAGGAGGACCUGGUCGGGCUGUUCCUCACCCGCUACACCGACCGGGGACGGAGCAGUAUACUCAUUGCCUCCCAAAUGGAACCAACGUAUGCCAGGAGAGUGUACCCAUGUUUUGAUGAACCUGCCAUGAAGGCCACAUUUAAUAUCAGAAUUGUCCAUGACCCAAGUUUUGUGGCUCUUUCCAACAUGCCUGCUAUUGAUGUAUCUGAAAUGAAGGAUGAAAAUGGAAGCCUGUGGACUGUUACCACAUUUAACACUUCACUGAAAAUGUCGACUUAUUUGACUGCCUUUGUGGUCUGUGAUUUUGAUUAUGUCACCAGAACGGAGCGGGGAAACAAGAUACGUGUUUGGGCUCGGAAAGAAGCAAUUGGAAAUGGGUAUCUUGACUAUGCUUUAAAUAUCACUGGCCCAUUAUUUUCAUUUCUGGAAGAUGUACUUAACGUCAGCUACCCUCUGCCAAAGACAGAUUUGGUUGCACUGCCUGUGUUUGAAGUAGGUGGUAUGGAAAACUGGGGGCUAAUGACUUUCCAAGAACCAUCACUGAUGUACCUCCCAAGUGAUAAAUUCACAAGCAAAAAGGCAAUGAUUACCUUAAUUGUGUCACAUGAGCUAGGACACCAGUGGUUUGGAAAUCUGGUUACAAUGAACUGGUGGAAUGAUCUGUGGCUUAAUGAGGGACUGGCAUCUUACUUUGAGUACCUGGGAGCUACCUUUGUUGACCCCAAGCUUUCACUGGAUAAAAUCUUUUAUGAUCAUGUUGUGCAAGCUGUCUUAAAGGAAGACAGUGAAAUAGUUCGAUCACUGUCAGAGAGUGAAGACAAGAUCAAAGGAUCAUUUUCUUUAACAUCUCUGUUUGACAUCAUCACAUACAACAAGGGGGCUUCUAUAACCUGGAUGCUUUCUGAUUUCCUAACUGAAAAGUUGUUCAUCAGAGCACUUAGUUCAUAUCUGAAAGAAUUUUCCUUCUCAAAUGCUAAUCAAGAUGAUCUCUGGACCCACAUCCAGAUGGUCAUAGAUGCACAGGAUGAAGUUCAGUUGCCAGCAUCUGUAAAGCAAAUAAUGGAUUCCUGGACAUGCCAAAAUGGGUUUCCAGUUUUAACAUUAAAUCUAACCACUGGAACAAUCAGACAGGAACAAUUCCUUAAUAAAAAGAAUAGAAGGAGUACUGAUCCUAACAAUAACACAUGGAUUAUUCCUAUUUCUUGGAUGAGAAAUGGAUCAUCCCAACCCUUAAUUUGGCUAGAUAAAAGCAGCAAAGUGUUUCCCGAAAUGCAAGUAUUGGAGUCAGAAUAUGACUGGAUCCUGCUAAAUGUAAAUUUAAGUGGAUACUACAGGGUGAACUAUGACCAAUUAAACUUGAAAAGAUUAGCACACGUGCUUGAAAAUGAUCCAAAGGUUAUUCCUGCUGUCAGAAGGUUCCAGCUGAUAGAUGAUGCUUUUGCCUUGACACAGUUUGGAUAUGUUCAGAUUGAAACAGCACUUGAACUAACAAAGUACCUUGCCAAAGAAGAUGAACUCUUCAUAUGGAAUAUGGUAUUGUUAAACCUAGUACCUGAGAAUUUGGAAAGUACACUGAAGAACUACAAAGUGUAUCCACUUUUAAAGAAAUACCUUUUAAAGAGAAUGUUGCCAAUAUACCAUUAUUAUGCAGGUUUUAUUCAUAAAAAUGUUGAUGCUUUGGAAGAUGACUAUUUUGCUCAAGCAUAUUUGGAAAAACUUUUUGCAAUAGUGUGCUGGCUGGGCCUCCAAGAUUGUUUGGACCUGUCAUCUGAACUAUAUGCUAAGUGGAUGGACAACCCUGAGUACAAAAUUCCCUUCUUAAUUAGAGGAACAGUGUGCUGCUAUGGUGUUGCUGUGGGAAGUGAUAAAGAAUGGAAUUUUGCAUGGGAAAUGUAUACCCGUAAUGACUCCACAGAGGACGAUAAAGACAUCCUGCUCUCUGCCAUGAGCUGUGCCAAAGAGCCAUGGUUACUUUACAGAUACUUGCAAUAUGGACUCGGUGAUACAUUAUUUUCUUCUAACUGUACUUCAACCAUCAUCUUAAAUGUGAUGGCUAAGGAUAUUGGGCACCGUAUGGCCUGGGAAUUUGUUACUGAAAAUUGGCCACUUUUAAAGGAAAGAUAUGGGCAGGAAUUGUUGCAUGAUGUAUUAAAAGUCAUGGGAAGAUUUGUCAAUACAGAUGUACAGAUCCAAGAGUUGCAGGUUUUUUAUAAUGCUACGCUGGAAGAGGAUGAGAGAGAGGCUACUACUCUGCUACUGGAAUCUACAAAAUCUGAAAAUAUUGAAAGGAGAAAACUAUUAAUCAAAGUUGCCAGCUGGUUAGAGAAAAAUGUAGAUGAUUGACUUGGAAAACAAUUUCCAGAAUAUUUUACAAUGUGAUUCAGUAUCAUCUUGGUAUUCAUUUUAAGCUGUAAUUAAAGAUAAAGCACAUUUUUAUGAGUCCCAUGGUUGUUUUUCUAUAUGAAAAGUCAGGCUAAAAUAAUUCACAUAGGAAAGAAAGAUUCAGCAAAAGAAACUAUAAACAUAUUUGCAUAUUAUAUCCAAAUUAACUUCCUACUGGAUGAAGUUAAGUAGGGAUGCAUUGCUCAUGAUGAUCUAACGUACAGAUACAGUCCUAAAUCCUUCAUAAUUUCUGAAUAUCCAAAUGCAAAGUGUGGUAAAAGUUUGUGGCAAAAACACGUGAGGAAGAUGGAAAAGGUUAUAUUCAGU